AUGAACAUUCAGAAAGAGGCGAAAAAUCAAAGCACAGGAAAAUACGAUCACGCCAAAGAGGAAAACAGAAAUAACAACCAGGAGAGUCACUCCGCCAAUUUGAUCAACACAGAUGAUAAAGUGAACAUGCUUAAAAACAGCAGUAACGCAAGUGGGUGCUCCUCUCAAGAAAUUGUGGGUGAAAAUCUCAAAGCCAACAUUAAUCAAAGUGUGUUAAAAAAAGGCACAACAACGCCAGCUUUUAAAGCUGAUAGUGACACGACAGACGAUGCGAAGAAGAAGAAGAAGAAGGGUAAUGAGGAAGUGCAUUAUUGUAAAGACAGUGCCGGUGUCGCAGAGGGUACCCCCGUAAGGACUACCACGGAAGGUGUCGUGCAUGAUGACAGCAAGAGUAGCGUGUGUAACCAUAACAAUGUCGUGAAAGGGGGAGAUAAUUAUCAACAUGGUCAUGUCGCACGGGGUUCCUCAAACAAUGACAACAGAGGAAAAACACAAAGCAGUGGGAUCGGUGCAUGCAAUGAACAAAGGGACAACAGCCAAAGCAGCAAUAGAGAAUUUGGGGGAAGGGAAAAUGUUGAAACAUUACAUAAAGUGUUACCAAAAAGUGAAGUAAAAAAAAAAACUUACAGUAAUUUGUUGCCAUACAGAAAUUGCAACGAUGAUGAUAAGUUCAACUCGUUGCAGAAUGCUAAGAAGGUGCCUCCUAGCCAUGAGGAAAAGGAGAAAUCCGAAACGAGUCCUCCAACUUGCGACAAGAAGAAUGUGAGCAAAGACCCUCCUGCGAAUGACAAAAGGGGUUCUGCAUCUAAAGGGGGCAAUGACGACAACAAACCAGUUGAUACUUCCGUGGAAGAGACGAAGUAUGCCAAAAUGGAGAGCCGUGUCAGCACCAAACAAAAUAAUGAAAAGGAUGAGAGUAGUAAGAAGGAAAAUGCAGCAAUGGGGGAAGGAGCGAAAACGAGCGAACCUAUUCAUAGUAUCAACAUAAGGCAGAGUAAAAAUGCCAAUAUGAAUAAAAAUAAAGAUGUAGUGAAGGAUGAGUUAGACGUAAUAACCGAGGAGGAAGGAAAGACUGAACGGGGCCCAAAAGAUGAUAGCCCGAAUGAUCAUAUAAAUUCCGGUGUUAACAGAACAACAAGCGGGAGCAGCAAGAAGACGUGUCCCUUUAAGCGAAGCGAGCAUCAAAAUAAAAAGGAUAAAGAAAACAGUAAUGAGGAGACAAGCAGCAAUAACGUGACGAGUCAGAAAAAUGGAAAUUACAAAAAAUUCCCAGGGUUUAAUAAUGCCAAAAAUGGGGCAUCCUUUAAGAAGGAGGUUAGAAGGAACAACCCCAACUGUGGGAACUCCAACAGAAACAGUGACAACUACAAAACUUUUGGUCACAGUAAGAGAGACGAAUGUUGGAAGAGCUGUAGAGACAAAAAUGAGGAUUACAACACGACCAGUGGGGACUUUAGAAGCGGAGAGAAUUACAAAAAUGAAGAGAGUUAUGCUCCUGGGGGGAAUUCCCCCAACAGCAGCAACAACAGUCACGGUAGAAAUAAUGAGCCACAUAGGGUAAAUGAAAGGGGCUUCAAAAAUGGAACCCCCCACACGUAUAGAAACGCAAUUAACGGGGGUUACAAAAAUGUUGGUGGAACAGCCCAAAUGGGCAACUCUGCAAAAAUGAACGAUAAUUUCCACAACGGAGACAAUUAUAAAAUGAGUAACUACAAGAAUCACUAUCGUAAUGGCAAUAAUGAAGAUAGCACGGGGAGCGCCAACAGGUAUGGGGAGAAAAGCGGCAGCCACGACCACGGUGUGUACUGGAUGAACCAGAAUGAGCAGCACGAGCGAUACGAACGGUAUGAACGAUACGAGCGAUACGAUCGAUACGAUCGAUACGAGCAGCACGAACAAAACAAACGACACGAACAAUACGAACGAUACGAACAAAAUGGAAAAAACGAAAGCCUUAAUUUUAGAAGAAACAAUUUUAAGAACAAAAAAGAAUCAACGGGUGUGAAGCAGAAGGACACGCGAUUUCACGUAGCGGAAAAAUACCCCAAGAAAUAUGACGCGAAUUAUUUUGAAAGAAAUGACAGCACAAAUGUUGGUAACGAUAGUAGUAGUGCUAGCAAAAAAAAAGUGAAUUCGUUUAGCAAGCAAAUCCAAAGUACUAAUUAUAACAAACACUUACCCAUUAGUGACGAUACAAAAGGGAAAGAAACCAACGGGUGUGACGAAAAUGAUUCUUUUGAAGUGUUUACAGAAGGAAACGCGAGUAGAAAUAGCACCGAGUUGGUGGGCAAACAGGUCAUACACACGACCAACCCUACAUCGUCAGCUGGUACGUACCACAAUAGUGAUGAAAAGACUCAUAAUCAUAUACCCCGUGCUGGUAAGAAAAAUAGCUCUACCAUGGGUAGUCCUUCACACCAUGGCAAUAUUGACCAGGCUAACAAAUCCUAUGCUAAGCCCACACAUACCAAUGAUGGUAGGGACAACCAAAAAGAGAGCAUCACCACAGGAGGUAAUUCUGAUUAUAUGAAAAGCGAAAAUAAAUAUAGUUUUACCCCACAAGCGGAUACCAGCGAUAGUGGUAGAAGCAAGAUUAAUAACAGUGGCGAAAAAGACGUAAUGAAGGAGAUAAGGAGAAAGGAAUACAAGAAAGGGGAUUAUACAACAAUGGAAGGAGAAGCAGCGAAUGGGGAUGAGAAGGAUCACACAAACUCAUUACAAGGUGAGAAAGAUAAGAAUCCCCCAAAUGGCGGAAAGCAAAACCAUUCGAAUGGCCCAGAAAAUAGAGGCAAAAUGUUCGUCCCGAAAACAGAUCAAAGGAGUAGGAACACGGACGAAGUAACCCCCUCUUUUAAUUUUAAAGAAUUCGAAUGUUGGAUGAGCGGCAGAUAUAAUAAUCUGUUAGAAACAUACAUCGAUCAGGAGAACAGGAAAAAAAACAACAAUGAAAUAUUUGAGGAGGAAAUAAAAGUAUACGAAUUGUGUUCAACUUACACCAACAGUGGUGUGGAAAAGGACAUCCAUGAGAAUCUCUCCCAAAUGACAGAAACGUUAGGAAGUCGAGGCACCACUGAGGAGGAUGCUGCAAGAAGUAAGGACAACACGGAUGUUCAAACGAACUCGGAAAUGGCAAAUGAAAGGGAACUGGUGAUCGAAGGUAGGGGCGGGUUCUCCACUCGGGGAAAUAAAGGCGAAUAUGUAGACAACACUGUGGGCGAUAGUUAUAACACUGCAAAGAGUAAUUACUUCUCGGGUUCAAAAAACCACAUGCAUGUAUUAAAUAGCAACGCCGCCCAUCAGGGGGAAAACAAGUACUACCAAAGAAAUAAUAAUUACCGCCCAAAUCAUCAGAAGAGGUCUUUGCAGUUGGUCCACAAGAAUGGUCCACAGAAUAACAAGGCACCCUUUUUGAGUUUUUCUUCGGGUAGAAAGUGGGACAACUCGGGUAGAGAAGGAGGAGAAGAAGUGGUCGAAAAUGCGAUCGGGGAUGCAAAGUUGGAAGGAAAGCUGGAAGAAAAUACAGACACAAACGCGGGCAUGAACGCGGACAUGGACGCCGACAUGAACGCCGAAAAUAACGCCAACAAUAACACCGACAAUAACACUGAUGCAAACGCCCCCCCCUCUGUGAAAAAAUACAGCGCACACAAUAAGAACAACCAGGGCGAGGAAAAAGCCAGCGACGGCAACUUCAACAGAAAGACCUACUACGAAAAAAGACCAGUGGGAAAACGGUUUGGAAGUAGCAACAUAACCACUAAGAAGCUCAGUAGCAACAAUGGAUUUUACAAGAAUAAGUAUCACGCUGGAGAACAAAAGAAUGACUACAUGAGAAGUGAAAUGAACAACGCGACGUUUUACAAGUCGAAUAGACAACCGAUGGGACAACACAAUAAUAAGAGGAACAACUGGAGCGCGAAAUUGGUAAGCGAUCGGUUUGGAAAUCGGUACGAAGAACCCUUCGGUGAGCCCUUUGGUGAACGACUGAACGAACGGUUUAGUAAGCAAAACAAUUCAAACGACAUGGACCACACGAGUGGCAUGUUUUAUGCCUCAAAAAAUAGGAUAGACAAUUAUGCGUUGCUACGAAAUGAAAUGGGUACCGCCGCUGCGCAUAAUUCCAAUCCAGCUGGGAAUAGCAAGAAAUCGAACUCAACAUAUUUAACAGCAAAAAGUGAAGGUGCCAAGAAUAGGCAUUAUGACUGA